AUGAGGAGGAAUGCUGAUGAAGAAAUAAAAGAAGAAGAAGAAGAGAAAGUCCAAAAGAAGGGAAAGAUGGGGGUUUAUAUAGACCUCCGGGAGGGUCUCCUUCACUAUCUCCAGACUCCCCUCGCUGUCUUGGUGACUCUCCCUGCUUCACUGUCUUCUUCACUAUCUCUAUCUUCACGCUCUCUCUUACUGCGUAUCCCUUUUUUCACGGUGUCUCUUCACGGUGUCUCUUCACGGUGUCUCUUCACGGUGUCUCUUCACGGGUAUCUCUUCACUAUCUCUGUCUUCACACUCUCAUGCUGGGUAUCUCUAUCUUCACAGUGUGUCUUCACCAUCUUAUUCUUCACCCUGCUUUCUUACCUUCUUUAUUCACUAUGUUAUCUUCACGUCUUCACCGUCACUCUCCCUAUCCCUGCCCUGUCUGUCUCUAUCUUCACUCUCUAUCUUCUCUUCUAUCCCUUCACUGUCUCUUAA